CCUCCCAGCCCUAACGUCACCCUGGAGGGCCAGUACCACUGCCACCAGGGGCCGGGGAUCCCCCUGGACAAGCUGUGUGACUUCAGCACAGACUGUCCGCUCGGCGAUGACGAAGGCGACCUCUGUAGACACUUCCUCAAUGGCAGCUACUGCUCUUUUGAAGAGGGCGAGUGCAGUUGGCAGUCAAUAACGGGCCGGGGUCUCUCCUGGAGAAGACAGCAGACACCAUCCAAGGCUUUGAGACAGAGCUGCCUGUCAUCAGGUGCUACAUUCAGUGUGGAAGGAGGCCAGUCCAAAGGCCAGCGGAGCUCAGCAGUUCUGAGGAGCCCUCUCUUCCCCCCUCCUCUCAGAAACUCUCGAUGCACGAUGAGAUUCUGGCUGUGUUCUGGGGGCUCACAGAGGGGGUCGCUGUCGCUGUGGAUCGCUGAGAACAGUACAGGCCCUGAGGAGCAGCGCAGACUGUGGCGUUCAGCCAGCGUGCCCAAAUCUGAGAAGGGCUGGAAACUCAUCAUACUGCCCCUUUACGGGCUGGCAGACUGGUUUUGGCUGCAAUUCAGCACAGAAGAUGGACCUGGAUCGGGUUCAGCCGUGUCUAUUGACAACAUCUCUUUCAGUAUGGACUGCUUCCUGGCAUCCAACGGUGAGUUCCCACCAACCAGCUCCACCAUGCUGCCUUUCAUACGGACCAACAAGACUACCCCCCCAUCCAUUCGAAGCCCUUUGAGCUUCCCCACCACAGAUUAUCCAGACAAGAAAUGGAUUUUUCAUACCUGUGGCGGUGUGGGCCCUGAAGGCCCAACUCCCUCUCAGUGCCUCAACUCCUAUAAGUACAGCAACGUCAACGUGACAGUCGGCACCCGUGGGCCCUUCAAAGGCAUCCAAAUGUGGCUUGUUCAGGAAUCUGGCACCUACAGGAUUACAGCCUACGGUGCUGCUGGCGGUCGCAGCGUGUUGGCCAUGAGCAGGUCACAUGGUGUCUACAUCACAGGAGACUUCCUGCUGCGGAGGGGCGAGCUGCUUCACAUCCUGGUGGGACAGAAAGGAGAGGACGCAUGCCCCAAUAUCAACCCCAUGCUGAAUAAGAUCUGCCAGGAACAGAGCGCCCCCAUGUCCAACAAAACCCAAGUGAAAGGGGGUGGAGGAGGAGGGGGCGGGGCCACAUAUGUGUUCAAGGUGGUAAAAGACGUGUUCAUCCCCCUCAUCAUCGCUGCUGGGGGAGGGGGCCGGGGCUACAGCAGCCUAUCAGAGAUGCAGCUGGAGCAGAUGGACUAUGACCCCAGCCAACCGGGACGCAACGGGAAGUCAAGUGCUGCAGGUGGAGGCGGAGGCUGGAACGACACUGCUCCUGUCAGUCAGGGGGGCAGACCUCUGGUGCUGGGGGGCCAGGGAGGGCAGGCCUGUCAAAAGUUCUGGCAGACUCGCGGUGGCUUCGGGGGCGGCGGCGGGGGGUGUAUGUCCGGGGGCGCUGCCGGAGGAUACAGAGGUGGUAACACCUCGCUGGAUAACAACCCCAAACACGAUGGUGACGAUGGCACCUCCUUCCUCGGCCCAGAAGGAGAGCCCUUCCUCUACCCGCUGAAAGCUAUGGAGGGGGAUGGGGAGGUGAUCAUCAGUCCCGUGCAGAACUGCAGCCACUGUGAAAGCGACGAAUGCCACGACACCUACGGCAGCAUCGUGUGCUACUGCGACGAGGGUCUGAUCCUGGCCCGGGACGGGGUCUCCUGCAUCAACGCUACAGAGGUUACCCGCCCCCCCCCCCAGCCGUCUCUAUCCCACCUGGCGCUGGGGCUGUCUGUGGGCACCUCGGCCCUCAUCGCCGCCCUGCUGCUGGCCGUCUCCGGGGUCAUGAUCAUGUACAGGCGUAAACAUACGGAGCUGCAGUCCAUCCAGCUGGAGCUGCAGAGUCCAGACUGUAAGCUCAGCAAGCUGCGGGCCUCCACCAUCAUGACCGACUACAACCCCAACUACUGCUUCGCCGGAAAGACGGCAUCGGUCACCGACCUGAAGGAAGUGCCGCGGAGAAAUAUCUCCCUCACCAGGGGUCUGGGUCACGGAGCCUUCGGUGAAGUGUAUGAAGGGCUGGCAGUGGGGAUCCCAGGUGAACCCAGUCCUCUGCAAGUGGCAGUCAAGACCCUGCCUGAGGUUUGCUCUGAGCAGGAUGAGUUGGACUUCCUCAUGGAGGCUCUAAUCAUCAGUAAGUUCAGCCACCAGAACAUCGUGCGCUGUGUGGGCGUCAGUCUGCAGACCAUGCCCAGGUUCAUCCUGCUGGAGCUGAUGACCGGGGGAGACCUCAAGUCCUUCCUGAGGGAGACCAGACCCCGGCUGGAGCAUCCGUCCAGCUUGUCCAUGGUGGAUCUUCUGAAUGUGGCCCGAGACAUCGCAAAGGGCUGCCAGUAUCUGGAGGAGAACCAGUUUAUACACAGAGACAUUGCAGCUCGUAAUUGCCUACUGACCUGCAAAGGAUCGGGCCGGGUCGCCAAGAUUGGAGAUUUUGGGAUGGCUCGAGACAUUUACAGGGCCAGCUAUUACAGGAAGGGGGGGCGGGCCAUGCUGCCAGUCAAGUGGAUGCCGCCUGAAGCCUUCAUGGAGGGCAUCUUCACGUCUAAAACAGACACGUGGUCCUUCGGGGUUCUGCUGUGGGAGAUCUUCUCAUUGGGCUACAUGCCGUAUCCAAGUCGCAGUAACCAGGAAGUGUUGGAGUUUGUGACCAAUGGCGGAAGAAUGGACCCACCCAAAAACUGCCCUGGGCCUGUAUACCGCAUAAUGACUCAGAGCUGGCAGCAUCAGCCUGAAGACAGGCCCAACUUCUCCACCAUCCUGGAGAGAAUCGACUACUGCCUGCAGGACCCUGACGUGGUGACCAUGCCGCUGCCUGUAGAGUAUGGACCUGUCCCAGAAGAGGAGGAGCGGGACCCCUCGGCUCCGACGGUGCUGGUGAACGCCCCGGUACAUGAUGGGGAGGUCCAGCAGCAGCCCCCCCCCCUCCUAUCCUACAAGAGACCCCCUGAGAGGGGGGGAGCACAGCGCGGAGACGAGCGCAGCAUUGGAGGCUAAAGCACAGACGUCGCCCCCCCCCUACCUCCACCAGCAGCCUCACACGCAGAUCGCCAUGACAACCAGCAACACGGUCACCUCCACAGCCGCCUCUACGCUCACUGCCAAGGGCCCGCACAUCCCCCCCCAGCACGGCCCUGAGGGGGGGCACAUCAACCUGGCGUUCACCCAGGUUCAGCCGCAGGAGAAGGAGGGCCCCAACGGGAAGAGCACCACCCUGUGGAACCCCACCUACGGGUCCUGGUUCCUGCAGCA